GUCGCCAUCGUCGUCGUUGCUAUUCGCUGGCAUCGCCUGCGCGCGCGUAUAUAAAUACUUUUGGUCAUCGUUGCAGACAUCAGUUCAGCUUACGAUUUCGUGCUACAAACGGUCCUCCAAAGCGUCCAAAGCCGUGCUUUAAGCAAAAGUUGUGCCAGUUCAGUUUGAUAUUUUGUUACGAAUCCUUCGUCCUUAAUUGUUCGCGUCGUGUGUCGUUCUCUGUGCUCAAUAGAAACAACAUGAAGUACUUUGCUGCCAUCGCUCUGCUGUUCGCCGCCGUCCAGGCUGUGCCCAUUGAGCUGGGCCACUAUGCCCCAUCGCUGGUGCAGGUGCAUCAUGCGCCGGUGCUGGCCCAUGCUGUGCAUGCCGAGCCCGUGGCCUAUCCCAAAUACUCCUUCAACUAUGGCAUCAAGGAUCCCCACACUGGCGACAUCAAGUCUCAGGCUGAGGAGCGUGAUGGUGAUGUUGUGAAGGGCCAAUACUCGCUGGUCGAGCCCGAUGGUUCUGUGCGCACCGUGGACUACACCGCCGAUGACCACAACGGUUUCAAUGCCGUCGUCCACAAGACCGCGCCCAAGAUCAUCGCACAUGCGCCCAUUGUGCACGCCCCCGUGCUGUCGCAUGGCCCUCUGCUGCAGCAUUACUAAAUUCCGUGGAGUCGUCGAGUCAUAAAGGUGCUCCCACACACACACACACACUCAACCACACAGCCACACUCAAGAAUCAAUAUAGGAACAACAGGCAGAUAAAACAGAUCCAUUGAAACAAGAAUGAAAACAAAAGAAAAGAAAAGAAACAGCAAAUAUAA